AGAAGGGCAUCCUACCGACCUAUCUCGCUCACCGCUGCCGCCGCCGCCGCCAGGAUCGUAUUCUACUACUGCAACUCUAAACCCCCGACUCCGGAAUUCGUUUAACGUUCUACCUUUUCACGACCAGCUCGCGCCGCAGCUCAACGCCAUUUUACCAACCGCUCCGCAAACGGGUGCGCGUGUUCGAAAUCAAACACGUUUUGAUUACAAUUUUCUAACUUCUUCGACAUCGCCCAGCCGCAAAAAUGAGCCUGUUCCGUACGACCGCCUCCAGACUUUUGGAAAUCAAUCAGGUUGCUUCUCCAUUAUGGACUGCUUCUCGCUCAAUGGGAUGUUCUACUGAUCUGAAAACUGUAGUUGCUGAAAAACUAAAGCAGAGUGGAGAGGAAAUCAAAGCCUUCAGAAAGCAACAUGGAUCUACAGUUGUCGGUGAUGUGACUGUAGACAUGAUGUAUGGUGGCAUGAGAGGUAUCAAGGCUUUAGUUACAGAGACAUCUGUAUUAGACGCUGACGAGGGUAUUCGAUUCCGUGGUUAUUCUAUUCCUGAAUGUCAAAAGUUAUUACCUAAAGCACCUGGUGGUAGUGAACCUCUUCCUGAAGGAUUAUUUUGGCUAUUGAUAACUGGAGAAAUUCCAACACCCGAACAAGUUAAAUGGGUGUCUAAAACUUGGGCUGAACGUGCUGAAUUACCAUCACAUGUUGUCACCAUGCUUAACAACCUACCCAAUACUGUACAUCCCAUGACACAAUUAACAUCAGCGGUUGCUUUGCUUAAUUCAGAAAGCAAAUUUGUGCAAGCCUAUACUAAUGGAGUUCACAAGUCACAAUACUGGGAGUAUACAUAUGAAGACUCCAUGGAUUUGAUUGCCAAAUUACCAGUAAUUGCAGCAACAAUCUACAGAAACAUUUAUCAUGGUGGAAAUCAAGUUGGCACUAUUGACACUGAACGUGAUUGGAGUGCAAACUUUACUUCCAUGUUGGGAGCUAAUAAUUCUGAAGAAUUUGUAGAACUUAUGCGAUUAUACUUAACCAUCCAUUCUGACCACGAGGGUGGUAAUGUAUCGGCUCAUACAACCCAUUUAGUUGGAUCAGCUUUAUCUGAUCCGUAUCUUUCAUUCAGUGCUGGUAUGGCUGGCCUUGCUGGUCCAUUGCAUGGACUUGCUAACCAAGAGGUUUUGGUGUGGUUACAAAAAUUGCGUCAAGAAGUUGGAGAUUCUGUAACCAAAGAACAACUUAAAGAAUUCAUUUUAAAAACAUUGAAAAGUGGACAAGUUGUACCUGGUUAUGGACAUGCUGUUUUACGUAAAACUGACCCACGUUACACUUGCCAGCGUGAGUUUGCUUUGAAACAUCUACCUAAAGAUCCAUUGUUCAAUUUAGUAUCACAAGUAUUUGAAGUUGUACCCCCAGUACUUAAUGACCUUGGAAAGGUUAAGAAUCCAUGGCCCAAUGUAGAUGCUCACUCAGGAGUUUUAUUACAGUACUACGGCUUAAAAGAAAUGAACUACUACACAGUAUUGUUUGGAGUAUCCCGUGCUCUUGGAGUAUUAGCUUCUUUGGUUUGGGACCGUGGUCUUGGUCUUCCCAUCGAACGCCCCAAAUCUUUCUCUACUGAAAAGAUGAAGGAAUUGGUCACCAAACUUACUGCUAAGGCUGCAUAAACUGUGUACUGACAAUGAUUUUUAUUUUUUCAAAAGAAAACUCUGCACAUAACUUAUUUUGUUUUAAUUUCUUGAAACCCCGUCCAAUUAAUUUCUUACCUUGUCAAUGUAAUUAAGUCAUUAUAUCUGUUUUUUAAUAUAUCCAUUUAAAAUUGAUAA